AUGAAGUUCAUGAAAGUGGGCCGUGUGGCCAUCAUCACCCGUGGCCGCUACGCCGGUAAGAAGGUCGUCAUUGUCCAGCCCGUUGAUGCUGGCUCCAAGUCGCACCCCUUCUCCUACGCUAUCGUCGCCGGUAUCGAGCGCUACCCUCUCAAGGUUACCCGUGGUAUGGGCAAGAAGCUCGUCGACCGCCGCAGCCGCAUCAAGCCUUUCAUCAAGGUUGUCAACUACAACCACUUGAUGCCCACUCGUUACACUCUCGAGCUUGAGGGUCUUAAGGGUAUUGUCACCAACGACACCUUCAAGGAGGUCUCCCAGCGCGAGGAAGCCAAGAAGACCAUCAAGAAGGCCCUUGAGGACCGUUACACCAGCGGAAAGAACCGUUGGUUCUUCACUGCCCUGCGUUUCUAA